GCGGGCGCGCGGGCGGCGGGCACCUCCGUCCCGGCUGCUGAGGCCCCUGAGCUGACGGACGGGAGCGGCCGGCUGCGGCGGCUGAGGCGGACCGAGGCGGACCAGGUGGAGGGACGGAUCGCCGGUGCACACCCGCCCGCCAUGAAGCCCCCCGCAGCCUGUGCCGGAGAUGCCGUGGACACGGCGGCCCCGUGCUCCGUGGUGAACUACCUGCGGUGGGACCUGAGCGCCCAGCAGAUAGAGGAGCUCACCGUGGAGCUCAUCGAGCAGACCAAGCGUGUGUAUGACCAGGUGGGCUCCCAGAAGUUUGAAGACGUGUCCUACGAGAGUACCCUCAAGGCGCUGGCGGACGUGGAGGUGUCCUACACAGUUCAGAGGAAUAUCCUUGAUUUCCCCCAGCAUGUUUCUCCAUCCAAGGACAUUCGGACGGCCAGCACGGAGGCGGACAAAAAGCUGUCUGAAUUUGACGUGGAGAUGAGCAUGCGGCAGGAUGUUUACCAGAGGAUCGUCUGGCUGCAGGAAAAAGUCCAGAAGGACUCGCUGAGGCCAGAGGCAAUGCGGUACCUGGAGCGCCUGGUCAAGCUGGGCAGAAGGAACGGGCUUCACCUGCCUGAAGACACUCAAGAGAAAAUCAAGAGCAUCAAGAAGAAGCUGAGUCUUCUGUGCAUUGACUUCAACAAGAACCUGAACGAGGACACGACCUUCCUGCCACUCACUCGAGAGGAGCUGGGAGGGCUCCCGGACGACUUUUUGAAUUCGCUGGAGAAGGUCGGGGAAGACAAGCUGAAAGUCACCCUCAAGUACCCCCACUACUUUCCCCUCCUGAAGAAGUGCCACGUGCCGGAGACCAGAAGGAAGGUGGAGGAGGCCUUCAACUGCCGGUGCAAGCAGGAGAACUGUGCGAUCCUCAGAGAGCUGGUGACCCUGCGGGCCCAGAAGUCCAGCCUGCUGGGGUUCAGCACGCACGCCGACUACGUCCUGGAGAUGAACAUGGCUAAGAGCAGCCAGGUGGUGGCCACGUUCCUGGACGAGUUGGCCCAGAAGCUGAAGCCCCUCGGGGAGCAGGAGCGGGCCGUGAUCCUGGAGCUGAAGAAGGCCGAAUGCGAGAAGCGGGGCCUGGACUUCGACGGGCGCAUCAACGCGUGGGACAUGCGCUACUACAUGAACCAGGUGGAGGAGACGCGCUACAGCGUGGACCAGAACCUCCUCAAGGAGUACUUCCCCAUGCAGGUGGUCACCAAGGGGCUGCUCAGCAUCUACCAGGAGCUGCUGGGGCUGACCUUCGACCUGGAGGAGGACGCCCCCGCGUGGCACGAAGACGUGAGGCUGUACUGCGUGAGGGACGCGGCCUCAGGGAAGGUCAUCGGGAAGUUCUACCUGGACCUCUACCCGAGGGAAGGGAAGUACGGGCACGCGGCCUGCUUUGGCUUGCAGCCAGGCUGCCUGAGGCCGGACGGGAGCCGCCAGAUCGCCAUCGCGGCCAUGGUGGCCAACUUCACCAAGCCCACCCCGGCCGCCCCCUCCCUGCUGCAGCACGACGAGGUGGAGACCUACUUCCACGAGUUUGGGCACGUGAUGCACCAGCUCUGCUCCCAGGCGGAGUUCGCCAUGUUCAGCGGGACACACGUGGAGCGGGACUUCGUGGAGGCGCCUUCGCAGAUGCUGGAGAACUGGGUGUGGGAGAAGGAGCCACUGCUCAGGAUGUCCCAGCACUACAGGACGGGCAGCGCCAUCCCCCAGGAGCUGCUCGACAAGCUCAUCAAGUCCCGGCAGGCCAACACAGGUCUCUUCAACCUGCGCCAGAUCGUCCUGGCCAAAGUGGACCAGGCCCUGCACACCCAGCCCAUCGCAGACCCAGCUGAGGAAUACGCCCACCUCUGCCGGGAGAUCCUCGGGGUCCCGGCCACGCCAGGGACCAACAUGCCGGCGACCUUCGGGCACCUCGCGGGUGGCUACGACGCCCAGUACUACGGCUACCUGUGGAGUGAGGUGUAUUCCAUGGACAUGUUCCACACGCGCUUCAAGCAGGAGGGCAUCCUGAAUGGCAAGGUGGGCCUGGACUACAGGAGCUGCAUCCUGAGGCCUGGCGGCUCCCAGGACGCCAGCGUCAUGCUGAAGCUCUUCCUGGGCCGAGACCCCAAGCAGGACGCCUUCCUCCUGAGCAAAGGGCUGCCGGCGGACGGCAGCAGCGAGCGACCGGCCUGCUGACAGGCCACGGCUCCGUGGGCCCCACCCCAGCUCCCGCCACCCAGGGAAAUGGGGUGCCUGCCGCUCAGGGUGGGGGCGGGGUGAGGGGCGGAGCCGUCGGCCCUCCCCGUUCCUCCCCCGCAUCCGGCCUCCGCAGGCCGCCCUCGGUGGCCGCCUGGGCUGGCGAGGUCUCGUCGUCAAGGUGCCUGGAGACCUCUGUGCAGUCACCGCCACUUUGUUGCACUAACCCAUCCCCUCCUGGGAAGUUUUCUGAGUGAAAAACAGUUCUUUGAAAUGCAGCCAUUAAAAAAAAAAAAAAAA